AUGGCUGAUUCAUCCAUAGCCUCUACCGAUGUUUCGAUUGGUCGCACUCUGCCCUCAAAUACUCGCGAAGCUCUCCCCUUUCUUCUCAAGCAAUACCAUGACUGUUGUGCCGAUCAUGUGCAAUGCGGUACCCCAGAGUCAGCAGAAUUGAAUCAGUACCCAUCAAGACUUCUUGAUGUUGGCCAUGAGGGUAGCCCGAUCAUACUCCGCAGCGCGAAGAUGUUCAGUAGUCAAGAAUAUGUCUGCCUCUCGCAUUGUUGGGGAAAUUCGAAGCCAUACACGCUGAAUUCGAAGACACAGCAGGAAUUGGAGAAGGGAAUUGAUGCAGAAAAUCUGCCAAAGACAUUCCGCGAUGCUAUUCAUGUAACUCGUUGUCUUCGUAUCCGUUAUUUAUGGAUUGACUCGCUUUGCAUUAUUCAGGACAGCGAACCAGACUGGGAGUAUGAAUCUAGCCGUAUGGAACAGGUCUAUGCACACGCAGCAUGUACGAUUGCAGCAACUGCUUCGGGUAAUAGUGAUGGAGGUCUGUUUUUUGAGAGGCAUCCACAACAGUCAUUGCCACGCCUUCUAGACAUUCAUUUCAACCCUGAUGCACCCUGGCUAAGGAAUAAAGAUAAAGCAGUCUACCUGAUGGGUACUUAUUUGUGCGACAUAGAACACAUGACCACAUACUGCAUCGAACGGGCGCCACUUAAUUCACGAGCCUGGGUUAGCCAAGAGAGGCAGCUCUCUCGUCGAAUUAUGCACUUCAGCGAUAGCCAGGUGUUUUGGGAAUGCUACGGAAGCAGAACUUGCGAAACCUAUCCGAAUGGAAUUCCGCGAGAAGCAUUGCCAUAUUGGUAUGAUGAUGCCACCAUGUUAAAGAGGCGUCUUCAUGAGUUCUCACAACAAUGCGAUGCUUAUUCGAAUGGCAUUAAGAUAAUGCCGCGCUUGGAAUCGGGCUUGGACGACAGGCUUUAUUGGGCUUGGUGUUCCUUUCGAGUACAUUACUCCAGAAGCGCACUUAGUCGGGAUAGCGACAAAUUGGUAGCACUUUGCGGAAUAGCGAAACAAGUUGGAGGUGCCACAGGAGAUGAACUUGUCGCUGGGCUCUGGAAGAGUCGAAUGAUCGAGGAGCUCUGUUGGUUCAUAUUACGCUUUCCCAAUGAAAACCUUCCCGUCGAGCCCACAGAAUGGAGAGCUCCUACUUGGAGUUGGGCU